GAACUACAGUUACCUUCCUCCACUCAGCAGCACCCAAAAGUCAUGAGUCAAAAGAGCGGCGGAGAGGCAGGGCCUCCCCCUUCAGCUGCUCUAGCAUCAGGAAGUUCCCUCUGAAGCAGGGAGUGUCUGCAUGUAAAAUGGUCUGCAGUUCUCUGCUUCAUAGGUCAGAAGCUUGUUUAUUUUGUCUCUGUGGCUACGUUCAGUCCCAACAAAAUGAACUUUUGUAGCAAAAAACAUAAAAGCAAUUGAAAAUAAAAGCUCCAAUAAUUGGCAUGCAUCGUAUUGUACACAUGGUUUUGAACCUCCCUCUCCAUUUCAUCAGUUUGGCUUUUUGUCAGUUCAACACGAACAAAAUGCUAGUAAUAAUGAAACAUUCAUUCAGUUAUUUGAUUUCUUUUUUUUGUUGCAAAUUAAUUUAUUCAGCAUAUUUAAAUUAUUUGAAUUAGGGGGACUGCUCACCUCUCAUCUCUUCUUUGGUUCCUUUUUAGGCACACCUAUACUGCGCUUCACAUACUGUACAUGUACAAAUCUUCAGAUAUUAUCAGCACCACAGACACACACGUAAGAUCCAAUGAAAAGGGGGAAGAUUUUUAUUGGACGAAUACAAAAAAAAAAACAAAAAAGCAAAAAAGAAACAAUCAUGAAACAAAAUUUGCUGCUUAAAUGGGACUGCUAGCCAACACUGGUUGAGAUGCUUUUAUUCACUGUCUAAUUAUUUGCACUGUAGAUGCCAUGUCCUCCUCUAUGACCAUGGAAGGCCCCCGCAGUGCUUUUUCCGCCUCUUCCAGCUCCGCCAUGCAUUCCAGUACUUCAGGCAGUGACCAGAACCCAAUUCAUAGCGGCAAUGUUGACCCAGAGGACAGCAGGAGUAGCAGAGCGGUCCCAGAGGUUGUCGGAGCAGAAGGUGGGAAUGGUAAUGGCAGCAGUGGUGGUAACUGCAGGGGCAGCAGUGAGCUAGGAGGAGGAAGAGGCCCAGCAUCCCAGGAGGUCCAGCCACAUCACCAGAUGACCCCAUCUAAGCGCCGCACCGUACUGAACAUCUCUCCACCUCCACAAGACCUGCUUGAUGACAGCCGUAUGUCUUGCCAGGACGAAGCAUCCCUGGACUCAGAGCAGAGUAACAGCAUCUGGAUGGAUGACUCCCUCUCCAACUUCAGUAUCAUGAGCACCGUCUCUUACAAUGACAACACAGAGGUACCACGAAAGUCCCGCAAACGUACCCCUCGCCAGAGGCCUGGUCCCAAGUCUGUGCCCGCAGAGGGAGCCAGCAUGGAUGUGUUCGAUGCAGACAGUGCCAAAGGGCCACACUUUGUCCUGUCACAGCUCGGCCCCGACAACAAGACUGGACCAAAAGGAAGCUCUGAUGAUCCUCAGACAGCUAAACACAAAGGAGGAACUCUUUUGAUGCAGUACCCACAGAAGAGUGAGGGGAAGGAGCUGAAGAUCCUCAUCCAGCCUGAGACACAGCACCGAGCCCGCUAUCUGACCGAAGGCAGCAGAGGGUCAGUGAAGGACCGCACUCAGCAGGGCUUCCCCACCGUAAAGCUGGAGGGAGUGAAUGAGCCGGUGGUUUUGCAGGUGUUUGUUGGCAACGAUACUGGCCGUGUGAAGCCUCAUGGAUUUUACCAAGCUUGCAGGGUAACCGGCCGCAACACCACAGCCUGCAAGGAGGUGGACAUUGAUGGCACAACUGUCAUCGAGGUGUCCCUUGAUCCAAGCACCAACAUGACACUAGCGGUGGACUGCGUUGGGAUCUUGAAGCUCCGUAAUGCUGACGUUGAGGCUCGCAUCGGUGUCGCCGGGUCCAAGAAGAAAAGCACGCGUGCUCGGCUGGUGUUUCGGGUCAACAUCCCCCGUCCAGAUGGUUCAGUGUUCACACUGCAGACUCCUUCAUCUCCAAUCCUGUGCACUCAACCUGCAGGGGUGCCCGAAAUCCUGAAGAAGUCACUACACAGUUGUUCAGUGAGAGGAGGAGAAGAGGUCUUUAUCAUUGGCAAAAACUUCCUUAAAGACACCAAAGUCGUAUUUCAUGAGAAUGUUUCAGAUGAGAAAUCGUGGAAGGCAGAUGCUGAAAUCGACAUGGAGCUGUUUCACCAGAAUCACUUGAUAGUGAAGGUUCCUCCGUACCAGAACCAAGCCAUCACCUCUUCAGUGUGUGUGGGGAUCUAUGUGGUGACGAAUGCUGGAAGAUCUCAUGAUGUUCAGCCUUUUACCUACACUCCAGAUUCAGCCAAAAACGAUGUUCCUGUGAAGAAAGAGAUGCCCUCUCCAGUGAAGACGUGUUCAUUUGAUGAACAAAUCAAAGUUCUAGAUGGUGCCUUGAUGCCUUCAAUGUUGCCUUUAGUGAAGAGAGAAGAUGUCACUCCGAUGGAGGUCACCAGCAACCUCCAGUCUUCUGGUGUAUUUAAGCAGACUGGUGACCUGUGUCCAGCCCAGCAGAGCACAGACAUGACUGCAGGCCACCUAAAUAAAAACAGACCAUUCUCUAACAGCCUGUCUCAGCCUGCAGGCGACCCUGACAAAGGCCAGGCUCCCGUAUUUGCCAACACAGAGCCCCUAAGCACCAUCCAGAAGCAGGACAUCGCAGCCACCAGCUCCUUCACUGUGCCGGCUGACUCUCUGCUGCAGCAAGGCUCACAGCAGUUCCUCCUGGAACCCAGAGAGGCUCUCGGACAGGAGAGGGCCGGCAGCAGCUCUGGAGCUGUGGGGAGGCUUUGUGGAGAACCUUCACCUCAACAGCAGCAACUGCCGCUGUUCCCCCCGGACGAAGUCGCCCAGCUGGAGGAGGCAGUGAGGCAACUUAAAGCCAAGGGGUUCUGUAACUUACCGCUUCAGUCUGACAACUCAAUGGCCAAACAGCAGCAACAACACAUCCAGCACCAGCAACAGAUCCAAAAACAGCAAAUUCAGCAGCAACAGCAACAAAUUCAGCAACAGCAGCUCCAACAGCAGCAACAGCAGCAGGUUUUGGAGAAUUUACAGCAGCAGCUGUUUCAGUCACAGAUUCAGAUGCAGUGCGGCAUGUUUCAGGACGCCUCUCAGGGCAAGAACACAGAGCAGCAGGGCUCAACACAAGGAGUGGUGCCAAACCAGGGGACCCUUUUCCAGCAGGCCCAACAGCAGCAGCAGCAGCAGCAGCAACAGCAGCAGCAGCAACAAGCAGCUCUCUUUCAGCAGGCGAGUGACCUGCUCUCUAUUCAGACUAACUUCCUUCAGCAGACGCCCUCACACCCUUCACCGCCUAUGUUCCACAAUCCCAGUUCUUUGGCUGAAACGCAAGAUCCACAGGGGGGGCUAUUUCAGAAGGCAUCUCAGGAGCAGGUCCAGGCUGCGCUCUUCCAAAACACCAUGACAGUACUACAGUCUCCAGACCAACAGCCCCCGACCCCCGGACUUUUCCUCACUCAGACGUCCCUGCCCUCUCAGCUUACGACCAGUAGUGCCCAACAACAGCAACAGCAGCAGCAGCAGCAGCAGCUGGCCUUCCUCAGUGCUCUACAAACUCCUGCCCCUGAACCACAAUCAGUAUUUCAGGCUCAGACCCAGCUCUCCCCCAUUCAGCAGAGAAGCCCCAUGGAACAGCAGCCGCCCUCCCAGUCUCAGCCCCACACGCAGCCAGCCCAGCAGGCUUCCCUCUUUCAGAACAUCUCCCCGCAUCCAUCUGCAAACACACUCUCUCCAGGCCAGCAGCAGCAACAGCAGGCUGGCCUGCUGUUCUGCAACAACCCCCUGUCCACUCCAGACCAGGCCUCCAGCCUCCUGUUCAGCAGCCAGGGCCAGAUGCCACCGCUGACCAGCAGCAAUCUAGUUUCCCAAGAGCCCCAGAACCCAUCUCUGCUCUUUUCCCAAGCCAGCAUGGUGACAGUAAGCCAGCAGGAUCGCUCUGAGCCCAUGGCCUUAGGGAACCCCACCGAUCCACGGCAGCAAGUCAUGUUUCAGGAGCAACAGCCGAUGCAGCUUGGUAGCAGCUCAAACAACCGGCAGGAGCAGCCUGUGGGCCUCUUUAUGCCUCAGUCUAACAUGGCCUCUCUGCCAGGUGGACUGGCUGCUCAGGAGCUCGCACAGUCAGCCAUGUUUGCCUCACAGAACGGCGUGGCAAACCUCCAGACGACCACCUCCUCGCCUGUUCAACAGCCAGGGACUCUGUUUCAGACGGCUGUCAGCGGGAGCAUCAGUCAGCCCAGCCAGCCUCAGCAAGCUGGCCUCUUCCUUUUCGGGAUUCAGAACGAAUGCGGGCAGCUGAUGAACACUCCUGGAAACACGCUGUCAGAUCAGAUUAUAGCCAUCAGCCAGUCUGGUCAGAACCAAAGAGAGAGUGAUGCACACAUCCAGUCCCUGCUCAGCCAGUCCCUGUCUCAGUCUGCCUCUGUGCAGAGCAGCAUGGCUGCCUCUCAGAACAUGGAGAAGAUUGAUGACCUGCUGGUCAGCCUGCAGGAGUCGGGCAGCAGCUUAACUCGUUCAUACUAGCCUUCAAACAUGUUCAUUGAUUUGCCGUUUAUGUUUUUAUUGAUACUAUCUGGAAUAAUUGUAAAAUGUAGACAAAAGUCGAAAUAAUGUCUGUUGAUAAACUCAAGCAGUGCAAGAUUUGUUUAAGACAAACUGAACACGAUGUGCGUAUCGUUCAUCACCAAAUAUUUUUCUGCCCCACUAACACAUUAUGUGGCAUGAAAUCAUUACUUAAGACAAACUGGACAAGUUAAUAUCCAGACAGUGAAGUAGGAGUUUGGUGUGGAAUUUCUUGGCUGAGUCAAGAAAAUCGGUGGAAGUACAGUAGCUUAGUGGCCUUCUUAUUCAUUUAACUCAUGAAGUUUUGUGUAUAUCUGUAGAUAGAUUGUCAGUGAUGUUAUCUGCAGCAUCCUUUGGCUCUCGUGGCAUUUUUUCAAGUGUUCUCCAAAGUGUUUCGUGGUUUCCAUGAAUAGUGUUCCCUUUAAUGCUUCUUUUGUAUUUUUUGUGUGGAGGGUAGAGAGUGUGGUACAGCAGGAAGGAUUGGACAGACUGUAGUAUGUAUGGAUGAACACAUCAAAGAUGUCGGAGGAAGACGCUGUCAGCACAGACAGAGUAUUGAUAGAAGGUUCGAGAGGAGGCAGAGGCAUGAUAGAAGAAAAGCAGAAAUGAAUAGAAAAGUUUUCUACACUAAUCUGAUGUGGAGUCAAAGGUUUCUUAUUAUAUAUGGGGGUGCUAAUUUUGUCAAUGGUUUAACAGCUAGCUUGCACCUGAUGAUAUGAAUAAAUUCAGUCUAGCUGUCUGAUAGCCCACAAAGUGACUUUCAUUAAUUAUAUGAUAAAGAAAGAAACUGUGCUCAGUAGAUGUAUGAAUAAAGUGGUGUGGCAUCAUUUUUUGCUAUUUACAAAAGGCCUGGCUAAUUUAGGUUCUGGUCUUGUCUGGACCUGUUUGGCACAGUAAUAACUGUAAAAGAGUAUUCGUAGCUCAGCCAACAGCUGUGCAGUGAGGACAGACAGAUCCCAUCUCCACCACAGUGUACAGACAGGGCCGUAUACUAUAGGGAAGCACCCAUGUUCAGGCUAACAUUUAGUCUGUAUUCAUCAAGGCCAAACUGUGUCAGUCCGCUGCUUUUUUAGAGCAGGUUCUCCUUUUUAAAACACAAAAGAGACAAAUCUUGAAGAAAGUGCGGUGGUAGAAAUACAACAAACACCAGCUGAGACUUCUGGUCUACUUUCAUAUUCAGCACUUUACGAUGCUGUUCUUUGUGACCACUUUACUCAUCGAACGUACAGUACAGUCCGACAAGAGGCGCAGUUUAUUUGUUGUUGUUUUUUUUCCACCUGCCUCUUCCUCAUUGUUUACAGUGAAGAAGAUCCGUUUUUUUAACAUGCACAUGGAUCUGACAUUUUUGUCCCGUUUCCAUGGCAACAUUUGUAUACUGGAGCAGACUCACAAAAAUAUUUCUUUCAAGCUGGUAUCAUUAAAUUUAUCACACCGUCAGUUACCGCAUAAAACCCUUUCCUUUUUGGUUAUAAUUUAGAUUAUGGUCUGGAUUUUGUAGUACAACAGUGCAUCUCAUUGCCAGCCAUGUUACAGCUAUCAUUAUUCAUUCCCACAGCCUAAUACAUUAUUUAUUCCUGAAAACCAGCCUCCAAAUCUGGACAAAUGAGGAAGAAUGUGGAUCAAGACAUUUUUAUUCAAAUUGCGUUUUUUUUAGUUGACCUAUAGCUCUUUUUAAAUACAUGCAUCCACAGUAGAGAGAGUAGAAUGUAAUGUAGUAAAUUAUUUUUGUCAUAAGGGUUAGAUCAUUAUGUGUUUUAAUGUCAUUCUGAUGGCAUUAUUCUGCGUCAGGCACGCAUGAACUGGAAUAGUAUUCUUAAACCAGCUAGAAAAGAGCCGUUUUUUUUUUUUUUACCAGUUUUAUUAAUGUGAUGGAUUUGGUGAAUGUUGAGGAGGAGAAAUAGUUUGUCGGCUACAGCUGUACAUACAUCUCAUCGAGGUUAAGGUAUUAACGUGGGAACAGAGCCCAUUUUACAUGCUUUCUUAUACAUGUACAAGUUCCGAAGACUCGACGUUUUCGUCCGCAGUUGGCCGGUGGCCUCAGGACCAAAGUUUGACGCUAAUCUUGCUUUGCUUAAAUCCUGUUGACAGGCCAGUUUUAUGGCUCGUGAGCUUUUCUUCUCUUCUCUUCCGACUCGCAAGUUAACUUUAAGAAACCAUUUUUUUGCCUUCAUCAUUAUUAGGCAUAAUGUCCUGCUGCCACACAGUUUCCUUCUUGUUUUUUGUGUUUGUUUGUUUAGGUUUUUUUUAAAAAAAGAAAAAAAGUUUGUUUGUGUCUUGUAUAGUUUCACUGUAAGUGUGCAUGAACAAGGGGCUGGUCUCUCUGGUGAUGACAGAAUUAGCUCAGUUUUAUGCCUCAGUGGUUGUCUUGUUUUCUAUGUACAGUUUGUGAGAAACGAGUGAACACCGUUACAUUUUAUAUACUUUAAAUCACAACCAGCUGUUGUUUUAUGAUGGAGAUUAUGUAAACUUGACUAAUGUGAUUUGUGGAGCUACGGCGCGUCAGUUUGAGCAGUUUGAGUGGUUUUUAAAGGGACUCUACUCCUGAAGGAAACCUGACCUUGGAGAAAAGAGCUAUCUGUGAUUGGCUUUCUUCAACUCGUGAAAUAGAAGAACUAAGAUUUCCAGUGUUGAGUAUUUAUGAUUUUAUUUGUUUUGUUUGUUUUACAAAGUUUAGAAAGAUGAUCUUUUUUUAUUGGUAUAGUGCCUGUGCCUCUUUUUGGAGAAGCAUAUCUAAUUUAUUUGUGUGUUGGUUAUUAUCUAAAUUGUUUCCCGUAAUCAUAGUUGUGUUCAGAUAUUUUCUAACUGUAUUCAUGGCAGCGAUAUGACUUGGCCCCCACACCUGCUGAUACUGUAACUGACACCUUGCAAUGAUGAGAAAUGAGAUAGUAAAGUGCUUUGCACACUAUGAAUGACAUGUACAUUCCUGUGCACAGUUACUCUUUUGUGAUUUUGGAAGGUGUAGUUGUAAUAGUAUACACCCUCAUGUACAUAUCAUGUGUUGGUUCAAGGUUCAGUGAUUGGACCGCUGGCCCUGUUGCCCUUUUUGACCAAAUAAUUAACAGCAGGGCAAAAUGGCACCAAACAGUUUUUACUGUCAAGAAAGAAAAUCCUUCAAAACAGGACCAACAAAUGUAAGUAUUUUUACUCGAAAUAUAGUACUGAAUGUGGUUAUACAGCGUGGCUGUAAAUGUCUCACUAAGAUGCAGAAUGUCCUUUUCUACGCAAGCUGGGGAGGUAAUUACGCUAGUUGAAAUUACAGUUUCCUCAUUUGUGCAUUUACAAUGUAACUGGAGAUCAGAUAAAAGUGUGACUCAUACAGUCACGACUAGUUGUGUGGAAAAGUGAGCGAUUGUUAAUAUAAAGUUCUCAUAUUUCCUCAAGACGCUACAGACUCUUGACUGUCUCUGUUUCUCGCAAUAGAACAAGAUGUGGUUUUUUUUCUGACGUUACCAGUUCAUUUGAUAUCAACAAACUGAGGCUAUCACAGGUGUUCAAACGGUUCAUUUCCUCCUAAAAUGUCACUUUAGACACUAGUAGGUUUUGUACAUGUGCUUUGAGGACAUGUUGUAGCAACCAGAUUGAUGUUUUACCAUUGUUGCCUGUUUAAUACCCCGCUGGUUCAGCCAGUGAUGAUUAGUCCUCAAUAAUUAGAAUGUUUUAAGCCAUAAGACUUUAAGUGUACUUUAAAUGCUCGACAGCAGUGACCAGAUAAAUGUGGUUGUGGUUGAUAAUAUGUGUUGUGCAAUUUCUGUCAUGCAUCUAACUUGUUUGUACUGAAGUAUCCAUUGCAUUUAUGUUCUACAACGUAGAUGCAGGCAAAUUUUCUCUGAAACUGCUAUGCAGCUAAUAUACUGUAAAUGUAGAUCUGUGAGUUUUUGAAUAUAUAUUUUUCUAAAUAGUCUCUCCAAACUAGAAAACCAAAGUAGAUUUCCGUGCUGUUAUUUAUGUUGCUUGUUGAAAUAUUUUCUGAUGCUUUGAGUGCUGCUUGCAACUGAUUUUUAAAUCUUUUUAUUCAUUUAAAAUGCAAUUUUCUCUUCUCAACAACCAUCUCUGACAUGGAUUAUCUUUUUCCUUUUUGGGGAGGAGACAAGGGUCAGUAAUUGGUCAAUUGUCGUCUUUACUCCCUUCUUGCUUGCAGGGUUUAUGUGGAGGUUUGCAUCCAGACUUGCUGUUUACUGGUGCAGUGGGUCCUAAUCAUUCUGAUUUCUCUCAGGGCCUCUGAGGUACCAGGAUGUCAUGUCGUUCUCACGUCUUCUUAUUCAGACCAGUAAACGUCUAUGAAUAUGAGAUUUGUUUUGUCCCAUAAUUUUGGAACAAUUUGAAUUACAAUUUCUGCAAAACAUUUAUACAUAAUUUGCUAAGUUUGAUAUUAUGCCCCAUAAGCCAAUUUCUUACCCCACACUCUUAUUACAUCUUUUCACUUCUAACACAAGGGAACCACUCUUCUAGUAAACAGAUGGUUUUUGGUCCUGAAAAUAGCAAACGGGAAAUUUUGCCUUUUUGUUUCAAACCAUGUGAACAACUGUCAAAUAAUCAUCCUUGGGAUGAAGGAAAAAGAACUUUCUUUGGCUUUUGUUGGGACAUUUUUAUUCUCUUGCGAUUAAAUUUCUGUAAACUUGCUGCUAUCUCUAUUAAACAUAUAUACUUUAAAUGUUAUGCCUUUGAGCUUUUAUUUCAUUUUUUUUUCUUUUUCUUUUGGUGUAAACUACUGCACAAGAAUACUUGGCUGUCGGACAAAGAUGCCUAUUGAUAGCAGACCAAAGCAGCUGGCAUAGCUGAAGUUAUAUGACUGAUGGCUGGUGGCAGUUUUUCACACCAAUUUAAAUUUCACACAUUUGAAGAAAUCAUGUAUUGCAUCUUCUAACAGUACAGAAAAGGCCCAUUAUGACAAAAUGGACACACUUGU